UGAUAAAAUAAGUAAACAAAAAAGUGACCAUUUGUUCAUCUCACUUUCUUGACUCAUUCAAAUUACUACCCACCACUUGUCACCAUGAAGGUUGUUCUUAUCGUACUUGCCUUUAUUGGCGUAGCACAGUCUCAAGAUUUCCAAUGUUACUCUUGUAAAGAUGCUGCCAAUCAAGAUUAUGUCCCUUGUGGAGAUAUCGAACCAAAGCUUGAAACAUGCAAUGCAAUUAUUCCUACUUGCGUUGCUGUGCGAAUGGUCAACAGUAAUGACCAGACCGAGGUAUGGAAGGGGUGUACAAUCCAUGCCGGAAAAUCCAUUUUUGAAGAGCUAUCCCCCUUUGUGAAUGACGUUAUUGAGAAAGCCACGGAGGAUCUUGAGGUUAAUGGAUGUCUGGACUUUGCUAUUGGGGAUGUAGUAAAGACGGGGUCCACCUUAUGUUUCUGCUCUACCCCUGAAUGCAACGGAGCCACUGGUCUUCAUAUCCUGGGAUUCCUUCUUGUCUUCAGCGUCGUUAUUCAACGGUUUUUGGCCUAGGGGACAAAGAAGACGACAAGACAGACGUACUUAUGUGAAACCUACGAUUGGGUUUUUUAGGGUGAAUGGAGGACUGGCAAAGCAAUGACCAUGUUAUAACAUUUAUAGAAAACGAACAAUUUUCAAUUUUUGAGUAAACUGAGAAAGGUUUAAGAUUUA